AUGGUCGAGCCAGAAGAGGAAAGCCAAACUCAAGCCAUUCCUCCAAAGUCAAAGAACAUAGUGGACGACAGAGAAGCUGCGCUUAUGGAGUUUGAUCUUGACCUCGAUGCUUUUUCUGACCGUCCUCAAUUCAGUUCCUGUAUUCCUGAUCUAGAAAGGGAAAUACCAAGAGAGAAUGAGGACAAAAGAAUGCUUACAUCCCCCUCUUUAGGACUGGAACCUGUUGAAUAUCCCGAUGCUUAUUGCUUAAUUAAAGAGAAGAUCACUCAAGCUCUGAGACAUCUCAAGGAAUUGACUGACCAACAUGUUCUAGCUCAGUUUUGGGCACCAGUGAAGAGUGGGGGUCGGUAUGUGCUCACAACUUCUGGGCAACCCUUUGUUCUUGAUCCUCAUGCUAAUGGACUUCAUCAGUAUAGGAUGGUUUCUCUGAUGUAUAUGUUUUCUGUGGAUGGAGAGAGUGAUGAAAUGCUUGGGCUCCCUGGCCGUGUUUUCCAGCAAAAAUUGCCAGAAUGGACCCCAAAUGUUCAGUACUACUCCAUCAAAGAGUAUCCACGGCUUGGUCAUGCUCAACAUUACAAUGUUCAAGGAACCUUAGCUUUGCCCGUGUUUGAACCCUCUGGACGGACCUGUGUUGGUGUUCUUGAGCUCAUAAUGACUUCUCCGAAGAUCAGCUAUGCUUCUGAGGUUUAUAAAGUUUGCAAAGCACUUGAGGCAGUAAGUCUGAAAAGUUCAGAGAUAUUGGAUCAUACAAGCAUGCAGAUUCAAAUAUGCAAUGAAGGUCGCCAAACUGCGUUGACUGAAAUCUUGGAGAUACUGACAGUUGUGUGUGAAACUCACAAAUUACCGCUUGCUCAGACCUGGGUUCCUUGUAUGCAUCGCAAUGUCUUGGCGUAUGGUGGUGGCCUGAAGAAGAGCUGUACUAGCUUGGAUGGUAGUUGCAUGGAACAGGUCUGCAUUUCCACAACUGAUGCGGCGUUCUACAUUGUCGAUGCUCCUAUGUGGCAUUUUCGAGAGGCCUGUGUUGAGCAUCACUUACAAAAGGGUCAAGGGGUUGCUGGGAGGGCAUUUUUGUCCCGUAACGCAUGCUUCUGCGGAGAUAUUACCCAGUUCUGCAAAACUGACUAUCCUUUAGUACACUACGCACGCAUGUUUAAGUUAACCAGCUGUUUUGCAAUCUGCUUACAGAGCACUCGUACUGGAAAUGAUGAUUACAUUCUAGAAUUUUUUCUUCCCCCGAGCAUCACAGACAGUUAUGAACAACAAACUUUGUUGGGCUCCUUAUUGGCAAUAAUAAAGAAUCAUUUCCUGAGUCUCAAGGUUGCUUCUGGAAUUAUACUUGAAGAGGAAGGGCUUGUCGAAAUGGUUCAAGCUUCUACAAACAAGGGACUUGACUCAAGACUUGAAUGUAUACGUAUACCCCGUUAA